UCGUAGCUUCCUCCUCCUGAUCCAGAAGUCAAUAGUACACUACUGACUAUGGUGGUUACCCUGAGGUAUUCCCUGCACGAAUACCGCGUAUAAAUAAACACGGGAAUUAUAUUUUAGCACCGCCAGAAUGAACGGAAUACCGGGAACUACCGUUGUCCAGGUCACCAACCUGUCGUCGGCUGUGAGCAGCGAGCAGAUGGCCACUCUGUUCGGCUUCCUGGGGGACAUCGAGGAGCUGCGGCUCUACCCCCCGGACAACGCGCCGAUCGCGUUCUCGUCCAAAGUGUGUUACAUCAAGUACCGGGAGCCGUCUAGUGUCGGCGUGGCGCAGCAUCUCACCAACACCGUCCUCAUUGACAGGGCGCUCAUAGUUGUCCCGUGUGCGGAAGGGAGGAUCCCGGAAGAGGCCAAGGCCUUGUCUCUGCUGGCCCCGGCCGCCCCCCCGGCGCCCGCCAUCCUCCCGGGCGCAGGCCUGCUGCCCAUCCCCAUCCCCACGCCCUCGCCCGUUCACAACCUGAACCUCCCGGUGCUGAGCCGGCCCCCUGCGGAGCUCUCCCCCUCGCUGAGCGCCCAGCCCCCGCCGCUCAUGGGGAACGUGGACCCCUCCAAGAUCGACGAGAUCCGCAGGACUGUCUACGUGGGCAACCUCAACUCCCAGACCACCACGGCUGACCAGCUCUUGGAGUUCUUCAAGCAAGUGGGAGACGUGAAGUUUGUGCGCAUGGCGGGGGAUGAGACCCAGCCCACACGCUUCGCCUUCGUGGAGUUCCUGGACCAGAACUCUGUGUCCAGAGCGCUCACCUUCAACGGCGUCAUGUUCGGAGACAGACCGCUCAAGAUCAACCAUUCCAACAACGCCAUCGUGAAGCCCCCGGAGCUGACGGCCCAGGCCGCCGCCAAGGAGCUGGAGAGCGUGAUGAAGCGCGUGAGGGAGGCCCAGUCCACCAUUGCCCUCGCCAUAGAGCCCGGAGAGGAGGAAAAGCCGCGCUCUGCCAGUCGGUCCCGACGGCCGCGGCGUUCCCGCUCGCGGACGCGCUCUCCCUCGCGCUCGAAGACGCACAAGAAGAGGUCGCGCUCGAGACACAGGACCAAGCCCUCUCAGGCGCCCGUGCCCAGGGGCAGUCCUCGCGGCGUCCACAAGAGGCGCUCACGCUCCCGGGACAAACGACGGAGCCGAAGCCCCUCCAGGGGCCACAGGAGACGCAGUAGGGAGCCCCGCAGGAGCCCCAGGAGGACGGCCCGGUCUCCCUCCCCCCAGAGAAACACUGCAGCCUCCCACAGAGGCGCCAACAGUCAUCAAACUUUCCAACAGAAGCCGAGCAGGGUGAAGAGGGGAGGGCGGCGGAGGGAGCGCAGCAGGGAGCGGAAGGAGCGCUCUUUGUCCCGUAAGAGGAGUCACAAGGACCAAGACCGGAACCGAAAGGCCAGGCCCGUCAAGGUGCAAAAGGAUGUUGAACGGGAAGCAAAGGAAGACUGUGAGAGCGACAGAGAAGGCUCCGGAUCGGCCAGCGAGGACAUGGCCUCCCCCUGUACACAACAAAAUGGCCGCUGAGAGAGACUGGGCGAAGAGCACGUGUCCGUAGGUUCAACACGAAGUAGGAGACCAGAGGUCUUCUUUUUGGCUAACAGUGGCUAUAUUAAAAAAAAGUGUGUUGAAAUACGUAUUCGCAAACGACAAAACUCACACAUAGUUGGGUAGUGUCACACAUGUCAGUCGCCCAUUUUUAAGACGCAGCGUUGUAUUAGUUCAAUCAUCAUCUGGUUGUUUGCUUUUAGUUUUUUAUUCAAUUUCAUACUGGCACUACACAAAUUCCGUUUUGUGGUACAGGUGUCACCAAACAAGGAUAUCGAUUUCAUAGAUGUGUCCAUCUGUCAAUGACGAGCAAUUUAGUUAUUAAACUGAAAGGAAAUCAAUCUUUAUUGUCAAUUUUAUUUUACUGAACAGUAUUUUGAUAUCAGAAUCAGUUGACAGAACGUGGAACCUUUAUGGAUUCAGCUAUUGUACCAUCUAUUUGGGACAAAUGGUCCGAUUUAAUGAGUAAACCGUAAACAAAGAUUUAUAUUUAAUACUUUUUAAUUACAAGUCUACUAACUAACAAAAGAAAGAAAAAAAGGGAGUACCGUAGUAGAAGAGAAAUCUGAAUAAUCGUCCAAAAGCUCCCCUCUUUGUACAACUGUGUAGAACCCCUUGCUUCAGUACUAGGGAUGGGACAGGCUAUGCUUACCUCGCUAACAUACAGAGCCUGUAUUGACUUGAUUAAAAAAAAAAAAAAAAAAAGAACAGC